AUGCCUCCUCGACGAAAAGCCUCGGCCGGGCUGAAGGCGAAAAAAAGUGCCGAGGAUGGGUUGAAAGGUCAGGAGAACCCUGAAGAAGCUGCUGCGGAUGAGGAGACCAAGGUCCCUCAAAAGAGAGGGAGAGGAAGGGCUGCGAAAGAAAAAGUGGGAAAAGACCAGAUUGCAGACAACAAAGGUGAUACUCAGGAUGAAAAAAAGCAGGCUGAACCCGAGAAAGUUACCAAGAAACGAGGGAAGAAGGAAACGGAUACAGCGGAAUCGGACAAACCCAAGAAGAAGGCAAAAGACGAGCAGGAGACGAAUAAGAAGGAGAAAGUUGUUCAAGAGAAAGUCGCGAUUGAAAAGAGCGACAUCAAACAUGCAGAACUCCCCAGCAAGCGUUACAAAAUUGUUUCUUGGAAUGUCACAACCAUAAGAAGUCUAAUGAAGAAAAAUCCUGAGCUUCUCAAAAAGCUCAUGGAGCAAGAACAGCCAGAUCUCAUCUGUUUUCAGGAAACCAAACUCAAACAAGAAGAGCAUGACGAAUACGAGGAGAUGUUGAAAUCGCAGUUUCCAGGUGACCAAGGGUAUGAAGCUCACUUCAGCUCCAGUUUGUCCAAUAAAUCGUAUGCUGGAACUCUUGUCUUGGUCAGAUCCUCCAAGGACAAGGCAACUGCGCAGAAGCAAACCAAGAUGGAUUCGUUCUUCAAAGGGAAAGACUCCAAGAGCGCCAAGAAAGACGAAGAGACGGCCUGUCCUCCUCUGAAAGUCACCUUUGGGCUCUCGACUCUGUCGAAGGACGAUGGGGAGAUUGCAGCGGAAGUGAUUCAGGAGGGAAGAACUAUUACAGUCGAGUUCGAGUCAUUCUUUGUCGUUGCUACAUAUGUGCCCAACAGUGGAGAGAAGCUACAGCGACUGGAAUUCAGGACCAAGUUGUGGGAUCGGAAAGUUGUGGAAUAUCUGAAGAAGCUGGAAGCAUCGGGCAAGCCUGUGAUUUGGUGUGGGGACCUUAACGUCGCUCAUCUGGACAAUGACAUCUGGAACGUUGGCGCAAAGCAUCUGGUCAAGUCCGCGGGCACGACACCCGAGGAGCGUGAUUCCUUCAGCAAGAUUCUAGAGGAAGGCUAUGUGGAUUGCUUCCGGCAUUUGCACGGAGAGGAUGCCAAGGGAUGGUUCAGCUACUGGAGCGUGCGAGCUGGGAAUCGUCCUUGGAACCGAGGUCUUCGACUCGAUUACUUCGUCGCAUCCAAGUCCCUCUGCUCUCAGGACUCUCUGCCCAGGGUGGUCGAUGCUGAUAUCCACGAUGAAUUUGUCGCUAUCGACCAUGCAGCGAUUAGUCUCACCCUCGCCGUGUAG